AUGACACGGACCCACACAGCGACACGGACCCACACCGUCGCCUUUAUCCCCGGCGACGGCAUCGGCAUCGAGGUCAGCGCGGCCACGCGCAGAGUGCUCGCCGCGCUCGAGGCCAAGUGCGGCGACUUCCACCUCGACAUCGCAGAGAAGGACUACGGCAGCCUGCGCUACCUGCGCACGGGCGCGUACGCGCCCAAGGGAUGGCUCGAGGACCUGCAGCAGUACGAGGCCAUCUUCUUCGGCGCCGUGGGCCACCCAGACAUCGAGGACCACAUCUCGCUGUGGCAGCUCAUCCUGCCGAUCCGCCAGGCCUUUCAGCAGUACGUCAACGUGCGCCCCUGCCGACAGAUUGAGGGCGUCCAGUCCGUCGUCGCUGCAAGCUCUCACGUCGACUGGGUCAUCCUGCGCGAGAACACCGAGGGCGAGUAUGCGGGCCAGGGCGGGCGCACGCACGUGGGCACGCCGCACGAGGUCGCGACCGAGGUGGCCGUCUUUACGCGCGUCGGUGUCGAGCGCUUCCUGCGCUACGCCUUUUCCGUCGCGGCGCAGCGCGAGCGCAAGCAGCUGACGCUCGUGACCAAGAGCAACGCCCAGCGGUUUGGGCUUGUGCUCUGGGACGAGGUGGCCGCUGCUGUGGCCAAGGACUUUCCCGAAGUGCACUGGGACAAGAUGCUGGUGGAUGCCAUGACGGUGCGGAUGGCCUGCAAGCCACACACGCUCGACACCAUCGUGGCGACGAACCUGCACGGCGACAUCCUCAGCGACCUCGCUGCGGGCCUGUGCGGCUCCAUCGGCCUGGCGCCCUCGUCGAGCCUGAACCCUUCACGCGAGCGGCCGAGCCUGUUUGAGCCCGUACAUGGCGCUGCGUUUGACAUCAUGGGCCAGGACAUCGCGAACCCCGUGGCGGCGCUCUGGUCCGCGUGCGAGAUGCUCAAGUGGCUCGGCGAGGAGGACGCGGCGGUGCGCCUCGAUGCUGCGAUCCACGAGAGCAUCAGGCGGGGCAUCACCACGGCUGAUCUCGGCGGCACGUGCAAGACGAGCGAGGUGACCGAGGAGAUCUGCAGCCUCCUCAGCGACGCGUGA